ACUAGCACUGCCUUCUUUCAAAAUGCAAAGCGAUAAACAACAGGAAACACCCAUGCCGAGGGUAGAAUAUAUUGAGCCCUAUUGUCAGUGGACUAGAGGAAAAGAGUUGGACAGAAUUGAAAUUACUCUCGAUGAUUUCAGAAAGGAAGAUGUGAAAGUUACACUUAAACAUCCAGUUGGUGAGGGGGAACAUUUUAUUAUAUCAGUGACCGCAGAAUCUCCAAUACGUCUUUGCAAGAAAUUUGAAAUUCCAAAUGAUUAUGAACUGGGAAAUUUGCGUGCAGAAUUAUCUUGUGGUAGUCUCAUUCUAGAGCUACCUAAGAAAGCUGCUUCAAAUAAGCUCGAAAUUUUAAAGCCGAAAUUAGAAAUAAGAAAAGCUUUGCAGGAAUCAGCCGAAGACAUGCAAAAGAAUUUCUUUGCUGCGGUUGAAUAUUUCUGUUCAAAGAAACAAGUUGCAGCAUUUAGUUUUAUGGUGCUGGCUAGUGGUCUAUUUGCAUACAAAUAUUAUACUGAAUGUUAAUAGUGUUAAGAACUAAAAUCCCACCAGCUUGUUUCCUCUUUUAAAAUUGUUAAUGUUGAUGUCGAUGAGAGUCAAAACUAAUGGAAAUCUACAUUAUUCAUUUUUUUAUUACUUUA